AGAACGAUGAAUGUAUCCCUUUUGGGUUUAGCGAAGCGCGACGCGGUUGCUCCACUCGGAGAUGCCAGUAAAGCAGAAUCAAGGAUCGCAGACAGGAGAAGAGAUCACAUCAAACUGCAGUGAUGGAUGUCGAGUUUCAUGAGACUGUAGCUUUUGGGACGGCUAGGGAGAAUUCCAGUCAGGGGGUGUACGUCUACAAACCUGCAAAAACAGCAGAUGCUUCCGAGGAGCGUUCAUCGAAAAGACGUAAGGUCUCCAAAGAGAACCAUGUUCAAGAAAAUGGACAACUCCCCUUUGUGCCUCUCCUCAAUGGGAUGGAGUCUGCCCAUCUUGUACAAUUGAGAUAUAGCACUUUCCAGCAGGUCUGGUUGCGGCAGGAAGAGGAAAUUAAGACGGUCCUUGAAGAACUUGACACUCACAUCUUACACGAUAUGUCAUCUUUCAUUGCGGAUUCUACUUCCGGGACAACCCACAGUCAUAUACCGACCGCACUGAUUAAUAUUGGAUCCAGUGUCGCUUCAUUUGGCAGACUCUUGGACAGGAUCCAUGACCGACUGCUGACCAGUAAGGAAGGCGGCGUCGUGGUGUUAGAGUCGGAAGACGCACCGAACUUGAAGACCGCUCUGAAAACCAUCAUAAGAGCAGGUGUCUCAAUUUUCGAAGGCAAUGAGGGUUAUCAAGAGCUUUCUACUCAAACUGGCGGACCGCGACUCCUGAGUUACGACCUCGAGGUUCUGCACGGGUGUGUAAAGAAACAUGGAGUCCGAAGGCUUGCAGUCGCCUUUCGUGACAGCGAAGCAUUCGACCCGAAGCUAUUAUCAGAUCUCUUAUCUUUGCUAAGUUCGUGGCUGGACCGAAUACCGUUUGUUUUGCUCUUUGGGGUCUCAACAUCUUUCGAGUUAUUCGAAGAGAGACUUCCUCGAUCGACCGUAUCCUUACUACAGGGCAAGCAUUUCGAAAUCGGGGGCGUCGGGGAUUCCAUUCAGCGUCUAUACAAGUCACUGCAGACGAGCAAAAACAACAGAUUGUGGCUGGGUCCGCAAAUUAGCAAAGUACUACUGGAAAGAUCAGGAAAUUAUUUUCAAAGCCUCGAGACCUUUGGUCGUAUGGUGAAGUACGCAUGCAUGUCACAUUUCUUCGCAAAUCCCUUGUCAGUCCUUCUCGCAGAAGAUGUAGAAGACGUCUCUCCGGCAGUGCAGCAGAGCGAAUUUUGCCAGUCUAUCAGGAAUCUACCAUCUUUCCGCAAGUUGUGUGAAGAUUUUCUGGACAAUGGCCACACCAUCCAUGUACGCAACUUGCUCAAUGACGAUACAUUCCUCUUCGAGGAGGCCAAACGAGCUCUGCAAACGAACCAAGAACAGAUGCGGGAGCUGUUCCAAUCGGUUAGAGCCGCCGCUUCUAUUAACGGGUUCUUAAAAGUCUCCCAAGAAGUUAGUACUGUGCAUCUAGCUGUUCUUGCUCUUGCUGGAGAACUGCGAGAUUCCUUGGCUAUCGAGCAGAUGUUAUCAGCCACCAGGGAACAAGAUUCUGUCGGUCUACAGGAACUUCUCGAAACGCUAAAACCUUUGCUGGACAACGCCUCCGGCCUUCAGAAGAUCAUUGAAGAUCUCGAGACAUGCGUGGAGUCAAAUAAAGACGCAGGAACUCUCAAAAGCGGUUAUAGUAGCAGCCGAUCCGUCACGACAACCGUCGUCAAGCAACAAGUCAAACUCAGAAAGUCCCAAGCAAAGCUGUCAAAGGAGGAUUCUGAAUACACCGCCCUCAUCGAUCGUUUCUGCACGGAGCUGAAAGCUCAUUUUGAUCGGACUUUGAUCAAGCCGCAGGACUUGUUCCUGCAUGAAGUCUUUCUCUUCGACUUGAAAAAUCCCCUGAAAGACACGUUCGCCCCAAGAACCCGCUUCGCGAUCGAAAGAGUGCUUUCUAGUCCUUUCGACUAUCUACUGUCAUCAUCUACCAGUCCAGACGGCAAUCCAUCGGCGAUGCAACCAAUUACUGCGACACUAUAUCAGCUGUAUCUCGAGUCUGGAGACCUGGUGAAUGUGUACGAUCUUUGGCAUGCUUUCUGCGGCACUAUUGGUGGUGAAGGCGACGACUUUGACGAGCGUAUGGCGCUCACAUUGUUCUAUCGUGCUUUGUCGGAAUUGAAACUAUUAGGAAUGGUCAAGAGCAGUCGCAAAAAGGUCGAUCACGUGGCGAAAACAGCAUGGAAGGGACUGUAAGAUAUAGUCUGUUUGGCCUUGCUCCUACAGGUUAAUAUUAGGCUUUUCGUUGCCUAAUGAAUUGUUAAAUCUAUAAUAUCCUUCAAAGGGUAUAGAACAAUUGGAAAAGUUGAUACGGAGACCUAAUGCGUAACUAGUUCUCCGUUGGGUGAAUAAUAUUAUCAUUUCCAAGUGGCC